CCAGGAGCUGAAGACCAUGUUUGCACUAUUGCCAGCACUAGCAUUUCUGCUUCUAUUUGACUCAUCACGAGCCAACUCAAAAUCACAAGCUCUCACUCGCUCACAGCUACUCUCAUUUGGACCAGGAACAAAUGAUAAUACUUUACAAAGAGGAGAUGACAUGACAGCUAGCAUAAGGCUAUCACUGCCAUUCACUUUUUACAAUACAACUUACACAGAGCUAUUUGUUUCCACUAAUGGAGCAAUAUCUUUGGGAGAUGACUCGUCAUCUUUAGUUAACGUGCAGUUUCCUCAAGAUAUGAUGGACCAGCCUCUCAUAGCACCUUACCUUGCUGAUGUGGAUACUACUGGCAUUGGUAAUGUUUACUAUAGGCACAGCAAUGCUGCUGCUGAUCUUGAAUAUGCCAACGAGUUCAUACGUAAUACCGGUACAUUUGCUUCUUCUUCUGCAUCGCAAAUUGUUGUUGUGACAUGGGACUCUGUGGGUUAUUAUAGAAGCAAAACUAACAAGGUAAACACUUUUCAGUGUAUCUUGGGUUGGAAUGCUCAAGAAUCUUUCGCCAUCUUUCUCUAUGUCAACCCAUUGCUAUGGACUACUGGUGAUGCAAAUGGUGGAAGAAAUGGAGUGGGAGGAAUGCAAGCUCAGGUUGGGUUUAUUGCAGGAGAUGGCUCACGCUUCUUCACUUUACCUGGCUCUGGCUCUAAUUUUGUUCUAGCACUUGAUUCUGACACUAACAUUAUGCAGCCAGGCCGGUAUGUGUUUCAAAUCAACAGUGACAUUACUGAGCCCACAGUUGUUGACUGUGGCAGACUUCAAGCUCCCAUGGAUGGUAGUAUUGCAUUCCAGUUUGACUUGACAACUUUUAAUUCAGUUGCCACUUACAGUUGCAACUUUGGGUUUACGCUAAUAGGCAGUGCUAACAGAACUUGCCAGUUGAAUGGAAGCUGGUCACCUGAUGCACCAACCUGCAAUGUUACUGAUUGCGGUACACUUGAUUUUGAUAGAAGUACUACUGAUGUGGUAAAGAAUGGGACUGGCUUAUAUGCUGUAGCAAGGUACAGUUGCAUAAUAGGCUACGUACUCCAAGGAAAUUCUAUUCGAACAUGUCAGACGAACAGUAUGUGGUCUGGAACAGACCCUACCUGUGAACCAAUUGUGUGUGAUAAAGCACUGCUUUUUCCUGCUAAUACGACUGCUCUUACAAUUAAUGCCAAUCGAUUCACAUUUCGCUCAAUUGCAACAUAUACCUGCCUACCUGGGUAUGUCGUACGAAGUGCUAUCACACGCACCUGCCAAUCCGAUGGAACAUGGAGCUCUACUCCUUCUUAUUGUGAAUUUAUCAAUUGUAACAAUCCGCCAACAAAUAAUGAAGUUGGACUCAGUGUGCAAUUUACCAGCACUUUCCUCAAUGCUCAAGCUACUUAUUCUUGUGCAAGUGGUUACACUUUUAAUGGAACUGCUCUAAGAACAUGUGGUACCAAUGGACAGUGGAGUGGGAGCACACCCCAAUGCAUACCUGUUGACUGUGGCAUGCCUCCAGGUAUUACUGGAAGAGACAAUCUAAUGGCAAACUUUGACCCCUCAAACACAACAUUCGGAAAUGUAGUAGUCUAUUCAUGUGAUAUUGGCUUCAGAUUAGUUGGCUCUAGCAGUUUGACUUGUCUUGCCAGUGGCAGUUGGUCUGGAGUUGCACCAACAUGUCAAGUGAAUGACUGUGGACCAUUAAAUCCUAAUCGACCAUUGAUGGUCAGCUAUAAUACAACAAUUGUAAACAGCACUGCAAAUUACAGUUGUGAAACUGGAUAUGAGAUUAAUGGAAAUCCAACAAGUUCCUGUCAGCCAAAUGGCCAAUGGAGUGGCCCUGAGCCAUCAUGCAUAGGAGUUGAUUGCGGUGAUCCUCCUCAGGUUGCUGGAACUGGCCCUACAAGACCAAUAAGUAGCAGUACCAGCAACAGGUUUCCUUCUGUGGUUCAAUACUCCUGCAUUACUGGUUAUGAGCUUGUUGGUUCUGCCUUCAUUUCAUGUUUGCCUAAUGGCAGUUGGAGCAGCUCAGAAGUAACAUCUCGAUGCAGACCCGUUGAUUGUGGAAGCCCAGAAGAUGAAAGCUUUUUCUUAUUCAAUGAUGAAAUCAAUGUCACAAUCACAUCAACUGAAUUUGGAGGAAUAGCCACUUACAGAUGUCUUGAAGAAGGAAUGGUCAUUGAUGGAAAUGAUCGAAGAGUGUGUGGAGCUGAUGGUAACUGGACUGGAACGACACCAACAAACUGCACUUUUGUUGACUGUGGCAUUCCUGAGCUACCUUCCUUUGGCUUCGGUGGCGUUGUCAGGGAUUUUAAUGAAACCAUAUUCAACAGUACCGUGACGUACAGCUGUGAUGAUGAUGACUUGACUCCAGUGGGUGAGCCAGUAAGAGUUUGUCAGGCCAAUGGCCAGUGGAGUGGAGAACCCCUCUAUUGCAGAAGACGAACCAAUUUAUUUGUCAUUGGAUUGAGUAUUGGGGUUACCAUUGGAGGGAUUUUACUUUUACUGUUGCUACUGUUACUGCUUUUAAUUUGUUUGUACUGCUGCUGUGCUGGCAAAAAAGGAAACACAACACCUAAAGAAAAGAAGGAUAGGUUUGGAUCACGAGACAUUCUUGUUUCAAAUGAAAACUUGUAUCGAAACCCUGCAGUUGAAUUACCUCAGAAAAAUGGACAUGCAUAUGAUGAGCCUGAAGUUGUAGUUAUGAAAGAAACGACUGUUGAAUCUACUCCACCACCAGUAUUGCCUCCUAAACCUGUAACACCACCUCCACCGGCUGUCGUCGAAAGACCAGCCCCACUGCUACAGGCUGAAGCACCACCUUCAAAGAAACAAGAAUCAAACAAUGUAACUAUUCCAAGAGUAAUCCCUCAAGUUGGGAGCCAAGAAGAAACAAUUGAUUUUGGUCCAGAUGACCCGUUUGAAGGUGUCGAUGAUAAAGACAUUGAUUCCGUGCACAAUUUCCGCUUGCAUUAUCUUGGGAAUGAUGACAAUCAGAGCAUCUCCAGUGAUAAAAAAUAUUACGCUAUUUAACAGUCAACACAAACAUUAAUUGUUUUAAUUAGUUAUCAAUAUAUAUAUUCGUAUUAAUUCAUAAUAAAGUGUUAUUGUGUUGUAAUAAAGUGUUAUUGUGUUGUAAUAAAGUGUUAUUGUGUUGUCUAUAAGAAAAUAAGUUUGUUGGCAUAU